AUGCCUACCUCAACAUCAAAACCACCUCCCCCUCUCGACCCCUCCAACUACCCCAACGGCAAAAAGUCUCUCGCUGGAAUCUCACUACGUGCAUUCCUAAUUGGCACCACCCUCGGCCUCUCCGUCUCCCUGACCUUUGUCAUCCGCUUCCUCGAAACCCCCCUUUGGCGUAUCCCAUUCUUCCUCGCUUCCCUCGCCCUCUUUCACUUCCUCGAAUACUAUGUAACAGCUGCAUACAACACCCGCUAUGCUAACAUCUCCGCCUUCCUCCUCUCCUCCAAUGGCUGGGCAUACAAUGUCGCACACAUCUCCGCCGCGCUGGAAUGUCUCCUGGCCCAGCGCUUCUGGCCGACCGCCGCCUACCUGAACUGGGGAGUUCUCGCACCAGGCCUAAAGAUUCAGGUUGCGUUGGGCCUCAUCCUAAUGAUUAUUGGCCAGGUCGUUCGCACGUUGGCGAUGGUGCAGGCGGGGAGUAACUUCAACCAUACAGUGCAGGUCGAGCGGAAGGAGGAUCAUAGUCUCGUUACGCGUGGUAUCUAUGCCGUGCUGCGUCAUCCUAGCUACUUUGGGUUCUUUUGGUGGGGAUUAGGGACGCAAUUGGUAUUGGGGAAUGUGGUUUGUUUUAUCGGAUAUACCCUGGUGCUGUGGAGGUUCUUCUCUAGUCGGAUCUUUCGGGAAGAGAAGUUCUUAAUUGCCUUUUUCGGAGAUGACUACGUUGAGUAUAGGAAGAGGUCAUGGGUGGGAAUUCCAGGCAUCCAUUGA